ACUUUCUUCCUCCCUGUUGAGAUGGGCUCAGCCAAGAGCGUACCAGUCACUCCUGCGCGGCCUCCGCCGCACAACAAGCACCUGGCUCGAGUGGCGGACCCGCGUUCACCUAGUGCCGGCAUCCUGCGCACUCCCAUCCAGGUGGAGAGCUCUCCACAGCCAAACCUACCAGCAGGGGAGCAGCUGGAGGGCCCUAAUCAGGCUCAGGACUCAGAUCCCCGCUCUCCUACCCUUGGCAUUUCACGGACACCUAUGAAGACCAGCGGAGAGCUCCCGAGCCCACUGGUGAAACAGCUGAGUGAAGUAUUUGAAACCAAAGGCCCCAAAUCAAAUCUUCCCCCAGAGCCUAUUCUGCCCCUAGAGACACCUUCAUCUUCUGAGUUGGACUUGCCUCUGGGCACCCAGUUUUCCCUUGAGGACCAGUUGCCACAUGGGAGCCAGGCUGAGCUUCCCUCCAAGCAGGUAUUUUCCGAGGAAGAAACAGGACAGCCCUCAGAAACCCUUAUGGCCAGCCAGGACUCAGACAAGUCCAUGAGAGAUCCUGAGACGCCCCGAUCUUCAGGUUCUAAGUGCAAUAGACGGAAACCAAAGGGCAAGGUACUAGGGAGAUCUCCCCUCACCGUCCUGCAGGAUGACAACUCCCCUGGGACUCUGACGCCACGACAGGGUAAGCGGCCUUCCCCACUGAGUGAAAAUGUUAGGGAGCUAAAAGAAGGAGCCAUUCUGGGAACUGGACGCCUUCUGAGAACUGGAGGACAAGCAUGGGAGCAAGGCCAGGAUCAUGACAAGGAAAACCAGCACUUUGCCUUGGUAGAGAGCUAGGCCAUGCGUGGCCGCAGCCCAGGCUUCACCAAGGGUCUAGUGAUAUUCUAGUCCUCUCACCCCUUCUUUCCCUGGGGGACUGGAAAGGCUCAUUUUCUUUAA